AUGUCGAACACCAAUUUCUCUAUCCCAGCAUCGCACAUUACUCGUGCACACACGUGCUUGGCGGCCGCCGCAUUCUUAAGCGCUCUACUCGUCGGAUCCCUGCUGCAUUACAAGAAAAUCGUGAAAAAUGGUGUCGCUGGAUACCCUCAGGAAUGGUUUCCGUCGGUUUCUGCAACCAUCGGAGACUGGUACCCGGAACGAAACUUGUUCCAGAUAUUCAUCGCCCUGACGUCUGGGCCUCGUUUUGGACUUGUAGCCGCCCAAUAUCUGUUACACCGGUCGUCCCAAUCAACACUUCCAGUUCUCGUAUUCAUUUUUGGCUUGGUUCGGACAUUGUCGUGUGGUGGAUGGGUGUACAUCACAUCCAGCGAUGACCAUGACAUGCAUGAUUUCUUCAUGAUCACCUACAUGGUUUGCAAUAUACCGUGGAUGCUUGGUGGUAUUGCUUGCACCCCGAAGCAGAGUUCGCGAAUACGUAAGAAACGGCGAGUAGCACGACUCAGCAGAUUCUUCGUAUCGAUCAUUCCCCUCGUGUAUUUCUUUAUUCAGCACAAAGUUCACCGAAUACCUGGAGCAUAUACCCGCUACAGCUUCUUCGAGUGGGGCCUCAUCUUCUUUGAUGUCUUGUAUGAUUCCAUAGCAGAGGCAGAGUUCAAGGAUGCCGCCCUUCAAAUUUCUCUUAACUCUUUGGUAGUUAAGGAUCAGAAACACGAAGAAAUUCACAAUGGAACACCAGUUUGUAUCAAGGAGAGCAAGACCACAUCUGUUCCAACCUCUAUGCCGAAGCUCGAAUCCGUAUCAUUCAAUCUGUCCACUGUGGUCCAAAAUCCUGUUGUAAGCUUUAUAUCCGACGUUUAUUUAUCAUAUGUAUUCUGGUCCAUAUUUACGUCCCUGACGCCAACUCUCUUCUACUUUUCUGUUUGGGAGUUGGGGAUCGCAGGUCAUGAACUCGCACUGCUAUCUGUCCUCUCACCAUUCCUUCUGUCUGUAUCCCCACUUCUUCGUUGGGCAAGAACACUGCCAGCUCAGAUAUUCCUGCAUUUCUUAUCAUUAUCUGGCUUGGUGGCCUAUCUCCUUCAAAAACCUCUGCAACGCUUGUUCGUGGUCGCAUUUGCUGCAUCUAUGGCUGUUCUGAGACAAACAGCUGAUUGGGCUGCGUCUGAUGAAUAUGCUGUUGGAUAUCAGGGUAUAACUACCGGCCUCGGCUUGACGCUGUCUUCUCUACUGAAACAUGCAAAUCAUUCGAACAAUCCAGUUUGGCCGUUCUUGAAUGAGCAUUCGGGGGGCUACAACAAAUUAGGCAUUGCUCUAGCACUUCUUUGCCUCCUAGAAUCUUUGGUCCGACCCGCCCCAGAACAGCGAACCACGGUCCAAGCUCUCACUUCGAAGGCAAAUCAUUGGCUUUUGAGUGCUAUACCACUUGGUAGCCUAAUUUUCACAUUGCAUUCCCUCUUCUCCGAUCCAAGCACGACGAUUGCGUGGUCGUGGACUGGUUACGAGAAUGGACGGCCCCGAGGCCCCCUGCCACAUUUUCAUGGCUCUGUAACCCUUGUAUUUCAGGCUCUAGGUUUAUUCACCGCCGUCCUGUUUUCUUCUGACGCUGGUAAACGUUUUAACUUUACGUCGCACCCUCUUUGGCUGGCUUUUGGCUCUGGGUCUUCGUAUGUGAUGUAUCGAUAUCGCAAUUGGUUAGGAUACGGAGGAGGCCUGGGUUUAAGCCUUUUCGUCAUGUCGAUUAUUCCGGUCGUUCUGCAGCUAGCUGCAUCUACGGGGAAGGUGGCUGAAACGUAUUUUACAGCCAUGUUUGUCUACGUCCUGUUGAGCCUGGCGAGCGUAUGGACUGUCGCCUAUGCCUUCGUUCCAGGCGGCGUUUAUCUGAGGGAGAGAUCGGACCUGGUGUUGGUCGCGCAAAUGAUGUGUUUAUCUCUGGCCUUCGUUCAGCCGAAGGGAAUACCCCGACCAGUAGUAACAGCAUCUGUCCGGAUCUACGCGUUUCUCCUCCUGGGCUGUAUCUCCACAUUAUCGGUGCUUGCGACACUUUAUAGGAUGCCUUCUUCUGCCAUACAACCAUGGAGGACUGGUCCAAGAAUCUUGCGCACGGGUAUCUGGACCUUACAUUUCGGAAUCGACAAUGCGGGACGUGACAGCCAACGGAGGGUGAGAGAUGUAAUAAGAGAUCUAGAGCUUGACGUAGUUGGCUUUUUGGAAACAGAUCUACAUCGAACGGUGUUUGGCAAUCGUGACUUGACUCGGGUCAUCAUAGAAGACCUAGGUUAUAACGUGGAUAUUGGUCCAGGUCCAAACUCUCACACCUGGGGUGCUGUACUGUUGUCCAAGUUCCCAAUCAUCAACUCGACACAUCACUUGCUACCAUCUCCUCACGGCGAACUCGCGCCUGCAAUCGAAGCCGUGCUUGAUGUGUUCGGCACUUAUAUCACAGUUGUAGUAUCCCAUAACGGACAAGAGGAAGAUCCAUUGGAUCGUGAGCUUCAGAGCAAGGAGUUGGCUCGCAUCAUGGCGUCAUCAUAUCCUAGACCGGUCAUAUUCCUUGGCUAUGUCGUGACAAAGCCCGGAGCAUUGCGUCCGAAUCCCUAUGAGAUUUUGACCGUCGACGGGAAAAUGCAUGAUAUCGACGACGAAGAUAACGAUCGAUGGUGCGAAUACAUACUCUAUCGAGGUGUUUACCGUACUUCGUAUGCUCGAGUGUCCCGGGGCACUAUCACAGACACCGAGCUCCAGGUCGGGCAAUUUUUAUUGCCUAGACAUGGUACAACUGUCGUCAACGACACUCACGAAGCCCGAUAUCUACGAUCCCAUAAAGAGGAUCUUCCAGAAGAACAUUGGCUCCCAAUGGCGUACUACGGAAACAAGUGGCGAGGAGGUGUAAAUGGCCAUUUCUAUCAUGUAUUCAAUACGCCUUUGUAUUACAAGAUUCCAGAGGACGCUGUAUUAUGA